AACACUAGCAUCUGUUUCCAAAUUUGUUGAUAAUAUUUUUUAGAUGUUUUAAACUCGUUUCUCGGUCUCCUAUCACAUUAACAUUAGUUUCGUUUCCCAAAUAUAAUACCAAACCAAAAUUCUUAUCGUUAGGAAAUGUUUCGAGUCAGAAAAUUACACGUGCACCUGGCUAAACCCGCACCAAUAUUGCACUUGGCACUGUCCAAGCGAUUCAAGUCAAACCUCCUGCAGGGAUCAUCACUCCAAUGCUCCGCCAGGGCCAACGCGGGCAGCCAACAGUCGCGACAGUACCAACAGAGCAGCGGCCAUGUGCAGGAAGGGAACAUCCAAUGGCCACGGAAAAUUUUCAGUGGCAUUCAGCCCACGGGUUCCGUGCAUUUGGGCAACUAUUUGGGAGCCAUCCGAAAGUGGACGCAGCUGCAGAACAGCCGGGAUGAUGUCACAGUUUGCAUAGUGGAUAUGCACUCUAUUACCAUGCCGCACAAUCCGCCGGUGCUGCGGGAGAACAUCUUUACGAUGGCUGCCACACUACUAGCUUGCGGCGUCGAUCCCGCCAAGAGUACGCUGUUCGUCCAGUCGUCGGUGUUGGAGCAUUGUGAGUUCAACUGGAUCCUCAGCUCGAUGACCACCACUCCCAGACUGGCGCAGCUGCCACAGUUCAAGGAGAAGUCUCGACUGGUCCGCGACAUACCCUUGGGGCUGUAUGUCUAUCCGGUGCUACAGGCGGCCGACAUAAUGCUGUACAAGGCCACGCAUGUUCCCGUUGGAGCGGACCAGUUGCAGCACAUUCAACUGGCUCAGCACUUGGCGAGGACGUUCAACGGGCGCUACGGCGAACUGUUCCCUGUGUGCCAUGCCAUGAUCGAGGAGGGUGAUGCCUCCAGAGUGUUGUCACUGCGGGAUCCCUCCAAGAAAAUGUCCAAGUCCGAGGCGAAUCCCAAGGCCACAAUCAACCUGUGCGAUGCGCCGGAGCUAAUCAUGGAGAAGAUCAAGAAAGCCAUCACCGACUUCACCUCGGACAUCACCUACAACCCCGAUUCGCGGCCUGGGGUCAGUAACCUCGUCAACAUCCACGCCCAGGUCACAGGGCAGACAAUCCAAAGUGUCUUGGACGAGGCCAAGACAUUGGACACAGCCAAGUACAAGGAGCGCGUGGCCGACGCCGUCAUUGAACAUCUGCGUCCGAUUCGUGAGCGAGUCCACGAGCAAUUGUCCAACAAAAACGAGCUGAUCUACAUGCUAGAAAUGGGAGCCGAGAAGGCGCGUAGCCAGGCUCAGCAGACAAUGCGGGACGUCAAGCAACGUCUUGGCCUUGGCACAUAUGCGACAAUACCAGAGCCAGUUGUCGUGGCGCCCCUGCUGCCAGAGCGAUCCAAAAUGACGGCCAGUCAGCGCAUAGCCAAGAACGUCAACCUGCCGAAUCACAAUUCCCACAGUCACACGCAUUUGGAGGGCCGUAAUGAGCGGACUAACUCGUUUGGAGGGGCAUCGCCACACGGAAGCGCCGGAGAGGCAACAGGCACUGCAGACCUAAAGGCAAUGGCCCAGGCUCAGGCCAUUAUGAUGAGGCCUACCAUGCGUCGCCCUGUGGUGCCCACUCAAAUGAUGCGGGUGGAAAAAGAGCGUAGGGCUACUCCCAGCUACAUCUUCAAGAUGGACACACGCAAUACACCUGCCAUAGGCUUUAAGUCACCUUCCACUGCUGCUGCUGAACCCGCGGCCGAGCGCUAUCGACCACAGCGCGCCAGCAGCUUCGGAUUCGCUAAACCCGAAACUGCGGACAGGAAAGUCAAGUUCGGCCAAAACACGAAUACCAGUGCAGUCGCUAGUGUUCUGCAGAAAGUAAAAGCCGAAAGGAGCCAACACUUGCUGGUCAACAGUGCCUACUACAAAGCAUUUCAAGCGUCAAAUUCUGUUGCUGCCGCCUUGCAUGAGACCAAAAACCGAAGCAGUGAGAGAGUCAACAGCGAAAUAAUUGAGAAGAGCCCCAGCAAUGAUGCCAGUAAUGAGUUGAGCAGCGAAAAUACCAGCAAUGAAUUUAGCAGCAGCGAGCAGGAUGAGGCUAACAAUUCAUCAAGCACAACGGCGGACAACGAAGAUUCAGAAGUGUUGGAAGAAGAGUUGGAAGAGGAAGAUGAAGUUCCCGAGCGGGGGGCUGCUGAGGCGCCAGCUGCUGGAAAGGCGGAAGUAGGCAACUAGAAUACAUUGCACUUGUUAUUAAAUUUAUAUGUACUUGGCAUA